CCUUCGACUCGAGUGGAUUUUAUUAUUAUUGAAAUAUAGUUUUGUGAAUUCAUUAAAGAGAUCCUAAUAGAAAUUAUUAAUAAUGGCAGUUAAGAGUGUGAUUCUAGCCUCAGCAUUAAUAGUAUGCGUAUAUGGACGUGUGUUUACAUAUCUGAGGCCUUUGGAAUACCAACCGUCGUCGACCCUCAUUCACGCCCAACCGAAACUUGCUUACGACCUGCAUCAUCAGAUACCUGAAGACGAGCAUGUGGACUAUUAUGCAUACCCGAAGUAUGUAUUCAAAUAUGGAGUGAACGAUUUUCACACUGGCGACAUUAAAACUCACCACGAAAGCCGAGACGGUGACGUCGUUAAAGGCCAAUACUCAGUCGUAGAGCCUGACGGUUCAAUUCGCACUGUGGACUACACGGCUGACAAACACAGCGGUUUCAAUGCGGUCGUCCACAAGACUUCCCCUAUAUCUGCACACGAGGCUGCGCAUCUUCAUCACAUUCACUAAGCUAUACUAAAAUUAAACUUUGAUUUGUUCGGUAGGCAUAUUGCAGAUUUUUUUGGUUUUAAACUUGUAUCCAUUAUAAAUAUAUUGCUUCGCGUAGGAUACGUAUCAAAACACGAUUCAUCUAAAAAUACGCUGAUAAAAUCUGAAGUGUGCGUUUGGUUUUUAACAUAUUAUGAGAUCAAUAAUUUUUCCAACGAUCUCUUACAUCGUUUUUAAGUGUUUUUUUAUUUAUGUAUUUAAGUUAU